GCGAAAUAGGGAAAAAAUACCGGAAGUACCGUUAAGAGUUUCUGCACGUGUGUUCUUCAGCAAUAGAAAAAUCGCGCUCAAGUUAAACUCUAAAGUUUGUUUCACAUUAUAUUGUUACGAAACAUGACGAAGGUAAAGAAGGAGAAAGGUGUCGAAGAGGAGACCGGGGGAACCGAGAAAUCCUACCAAGAAUUAAUAGCUAAUGUAAACCCAAUCGCAAACCCGCUUGCAUCGCGUAAAUUAAGCAAAAAGAUCUACAAGUGCGUCAAAAAAGCGGCUAAAAACAAACAGAUCCGACGAGGAGUAAAAGAAGUCCAGAAAUUUAUCAACAAAGGAGAGAAGGGUAUUGUGGUGUUUGCUGGAGACACUCUCCCCAUCGAAGUGUACUGUCACUUACCAAUCAUGUGUGAAGACAGAAACCUGCCCUAUGCUUACGUGCCAUCUAAAGUGGAUUUGGGCUCAUCCGCUGGAUCAAAGCGUCCCACCUGUGUCAUCCUGAUCAAACCUCAUGAUGAAUAUAAAGAAGCCUAUGACGAGUGCCUGGAGGAAGUCACGUCCCUGCCCAAACCAAUCUGAGGACACUUGAAUGUUUUAUUUGAAUUUUUAAAAGAAUGAGUGAAUAUAUCAAAUCAAGUUAGAAUGGCUGUGAGUGACUUUGCAUUGUGUUCAUGUUCACCAGUGCAUCUGUCAUAUCAUUUAGAGACUGAAACCAAUUCUGGAUUCUUUGUGGACUUCAUAUGCAGAAAGAAGCACAUUAUAAUAGAAGUUAUUGUGAUGUUGUGUAAAGUUCAUGUCAAUGGACAGUGGAUGGAGCUGUUUGUUCAGCCUGUUGUGGUUCUCAAUUUUUGACACUCUUGAUCUUUGUUAUGCUUCAUGUAUUGAUUGAUUUGCUUUUCAUUUUUCAUAACUGCUUUGGGACAGUGGACCCCAGAGAGCUCCAAGAGAUGUCAAAAUAAACGUAUCUUUUUUUUGUACCGUC